AUGGAGGACGACCAUAAGACGAUAUCGCCAUCUUUCCGUGACAGAAGAAGGAAACAAACGCUGAAAAUCUCUUGUUUCAACCGUCAUUCAGAUUCUCACUUUCAUUCGCCCACGCCAUCGCCAUCUCCAACCCUCAAAAAGUCACCGUCAACUUGGUUGAGAUCAAAGCUCAGGUUAAACGACCUGGCGGCGCUGGUGGAUUACAAUCCAGGCGACGGUGGCAAGCACUGCCGUACCCGGAGUAGCGGUGGAACCAUCAUCAACAGCCACCGGCGACAUUCUAAAAAGGAAUUUAACUAUGAUCCCUUAAGCUACUCCCUCAAUUUUGAGGACGAGAGAUUCCACAAUCCAAAUUUUCUGUCGAGAUUGCCAUUGUCGCCGCCCGCCACCAACAAUCUUGAAGUUCCGCCACCAAGAAUAGAGGCGGUUGAGAGGGCAAGAACUGAUCGAGACGCACAAGUUCAAAGAAGUUCGUCGGUUUCUUCAAUGAGCAUUCCGGUGAACAGUUGA